ACGUACGUACGGUGUUACGUCACGUCGCUCGAAUCACAACUUGUGUGAUCUUCGCCGAAGAAAACGGCCAUUACAAGUGUAAAGAAGAAUCUUUUUUGCCGUCAGUGGGGUCAACAGGACACCUCGAAGUUUGAUUUGCGUCGCGAUCAGGCCGGAUGGGAGCAGAAGCUCCUUAUUUUUCACCAACACAGGAAGCAACAGGAGGUUGAACACCGGGACGGAUAUGAGGGGCCGCGGAGGAUCGCGCCCCAGCUAGAUAAACAAACGACAGGACGAGAAGAAGGACGUAAACACAUUUUGAUGUUACAUGGAUAGCUGGGGCUAACCAGGACCGUAAACCCCUCUACGGAAGUCGCAUGGCGUCCACUCAAGCCCGGCUAGGCCAGCAGGCCUUAGCGGUGCUAGAUGUGGCUCUACGAGUUCCCUGUAUUUUUAUUAUCGACUCGAUUUUUAACUCGUACAGCGACCCUGGACUGGGAUGGCCCGGCACGAUGGGGAAAGUGUUCAUCAGAGUUAUGGGUGUCCUCAUCUCCACCGUGGUUCUACUUCUUUCCCAGAAAGCCCUCUUCAAGUUUUAUACCCUCUUCUUUGCCGUCGUCCUCGGCGUGGCGGCGGUCCUCAUAAACUACCACGUCACCUCCCACAUAGACUUCUACAACACGUACUACAAAACGGCCCUGGGGUUCAGACUGUUGCCAAAGAACGGGCCGACGCUCUGGAUGGGCAUGGCGGCGGUGCAGCUUUUGUUCAGUGUCGGCUACGUGUUCCUGCUCAACCUGCAGUCCGUGUUUGCUGCCUUGGUCGUGUUGGACAUCAUGAUUCCCCUGUGGGCCAUGAUGCUGGAGCUGCCCACAGACGUCAGGCAGCUUGUGGCCGUGUUCUCCGGCCUGGUGCUGGCUCUCAACACGGCUGUCUGUCUGGCCAUGAGGCUCAAGUGGUUCUACUACUCGUGUCGGUACGUCUACCUCCUGGUACGACACAUGUACAGGAUUUACGGACUCCAACUGCUGCUAGAGGACACGUGGAAAAGGAUUCGCUUCCCCGAUGUGCUCCGGGUGUUCUGGCUGACGCGGAUCACUACUCAGGCGCUGAUUCUGGUUUAUGUGGUGCGAGCGGUAAGGAAAGAAAGUGGAGACGCCACCGGGGGAGCAGCAGACGGCAGCUCUGAUUCACAGGGUUACCUGCUGAGUUGGGAUGUUUUCUGGGAUCUGACCAGCAACCUGAUCAUCUCUGGUUGUGAUUCCACUCUCACCGUGUUGGGGAUGAGCGCCGUCAUCUCCUCUGUGGCGCAUUACCUCGGCCUCAGCAUCCUGGCUUUUAUAGGUUCGACUGAGGAGGAGGAUAAGCGUUUAGGCUUUGUGGCUCCUGUGCUGUUCUUCAUCCUGGCCCUGCAGACGGGCCUCAGCAGCCUGGAUCCAGAGGAGCGUUUGGUGCGGCUGAGCCGGAACAUGUGCCUUCUGCUGACGGCCAUUCUGCACUUUAUCCACGGCAUGACCGACCCCGUCCUGAUGUCGCUCAGCGCCUCCCACGUCUCCUCCUUUCGCCGCCAUUUCCCCGUCCUGCUGGUGUCGCUGGCGCUCUUCGUGCUCCCCGUGGCGCUCAGCUACGCCCUCUGGCACAACUACGUCCUCAACACUUGGCUCUUCGCUGUCACUGCCUUCUGUGUGGAGCUCUGCCUCAAGGUGGUGGUGUCCCUGACGGUUUAUGGCCUCUUCAUGGCUGAUGGGUUCUCCAACGUCCUGUGGGAAAAGCUGGACGACUACGUCUAUUAUGUACGCUCCACUGGCAACAUCAUCGAGUUCCUGUUCGGCGUCAUCAUGUUCGGGAACGGCGCCUACACCAUGAUGUUCGAGUCGGGCAGCAAGAUCCGCGCCUGCAUGAUGUGCCUGCACGCCUACUUCAACAUCUACCUGCAGGCCAAGAACGGCUGGAAGACCUUCAUCAACCGCCGCACCGCCGUCAAGAAGAUCAACUCGCUGCCGGAGCUGCGCGGUGAUCAGCUGUGGGACAUCGAGGACGUGUGCGCCAUCUGCUACCAAGAGUUCGUGAGCUCGGCUCGCAUCACGCCGUGCCACCACUACUUCCACGCACUGUGCCUGAGGAAGUGGCUCUACAUCCAGGACACGUGCCCCAUGUGCCACCAGAGGGUUUACGUCGAGGACGAGGGGCGGGACCGAGCUGCCUUUUCCAACAACAACGGGGGCUACGCAGCGCCGCAGGACGCCGCCGCCGCAGUCCCACCCGCAGCUGGAGCUAACCAGCAAGAACAGCCCGUGGCCGAGCUGCUGGCCAACGGGGCGGCAGCCGGGAUCCACGCCGCCAGAGGAGCAGAGCAGCUGGACAACGAGCUGCUGGAGGACAACGACAGCAUAGAGUACGACGAAGAGGAGUGGGGGACUCAGAACGGACGGAUCCCAAUAGAAGAGGACUAUAUCAACGAUGACACAGACUCCACGGAGGAGUGACAAAAAACAAACACACAAAUGUAUAUCUUUAUUAAAAUUAAGUUAAAAUAAUAUUAAAACUACUUUAGCAUCUUAAUUUGUUCUGCAGAAAUGUCAGGGAUCUCAUUUUUUCUCUAUUUUUUUUUUUUUAUUUGGAGGUUUACUCUAUAAAGGGCUUAAGGAAAGAGUAAAAGCUGCUCAUUCUGUGCGUGUGUGUGUGUGUGUGUGGCGCCUGCAUGACCAAAAAUUUAUAGAUUUUUUUUUCAUAAUUUACAAAAAUUACUUAAGAUUAUCAAAAAAUAAUAAUAUUUAUGCUAUUUUGGUUAAAUUCUCAUCCCAUUGAAUCUGAAACUCACUAAACACUUAAAAUAUCAGUGUUUUGAAGCUGUUUUCUUUUUAAAUAUGGGAAGAAUAAAGGGUUUGUUUUUGCUUACAGCCCUACAAAUGUGUGUGUGCGCGCAUGUGUGUGUAAAAUGUAAUGUGCUCGGGCAGCAUCUUAAAGAUGCAGUUCAGGUUCCCUGUUGUCUUAGAGGGAAAAUGCUGGAGAGUUUAAAAGGCACAACUGUUGAGCAACUAAACAAAUGCAAACUUUCAGUUUUUUUAGGUUACUUUGCCAAAAAACAAGAUCUUCUUCUUUUGUCCUCACCUGGAAUGUUGUCGGCUAACAGAUGACACUCGGGAGGGGGAUCUUUUGACAUUUCCAGCAUUUUUGCCCUUAAAAUGUUGAUUAUUUAUAACCUUGUCCAGACAGAAGCUGUUUUCUAUUGACUCAACUGAAGAAAACCAGUGUUUUAAAGAGUAACUUUCUGCUGUAAUCACUGAAAUACCUCGGUUAGUUUUACUACUGGUCUGCGACCUUGCUUAACAUCUUGUGUACGUUAUUGUACAUGCAGCAAAAUGAAUAUGUGCAAUUUUUUUUUCUCUUCAGAUUGGAUGCUUUGGAGAAUGAAAAUCUGAUUUAUUAUUAUUUUUCUCCACUGAAAGUAUUUUGACUUUAGAUUCAGAAAAGUUAGCUUGAGAAAUACAAACCAGCUGCCCAAACACAUUAAUUUUUAAUUAAUUGAAUCGAUAAAUUGAACUUCACCAGCUAUUCUUGUAUUACUCAGUAAGUAAAGUGUUGAUUAUUUUACAUGUCAGAUUACUGGCAGUUUUUGUCUCAGGGGCCUGCAGCAUGAAUACAAGAAUAGUUUAAAUGAAAAACAGGUGAAAUUAUAUUUAUUUGCAAAAAUAUCUUGAUUUAUUUGUAUUUUUGAGCUUAGGAUUUAAUUAAUUAUCUAUUAAUUCAAACUACUGAGUCAAAUCAAAGCCCUUUGAUUUAGAAGUGAUGCUUUUGCCUGCUGGGAAAAUAAGAACACUAGCAACUGCAGAGAUCAACAUGGUGGAUUUUUAUUUUGGGGGGUUUAGCACAACUAUUGAUUAUUAUUUCAACAUUUCCCACCAUUAAACGAUUCAAGGGGUUUCUCAUAAUUUAAUUGCUGUUAUUUUUAUUUUUUAUUUUUUGCAGAAAUCUGAAAGUGUCUUAGUUAAAUUUAUUUGGAAAGCUGUGCUUUUUGACAUGUUUCAGCUAUGAAGGACAUUUAUGUUUAGUUUGAUCUGAAAGACUUUUUAAGUUUAAGAGCUACUUCAUUUGCCUUUUGUUUUAAAAAGAGAUUUAUGUAAAUAAAAUCAUAUUUGAUA